AUGAAAGAAACUGCCAGAGAAGUGGUAGUAAACCAAGCGUAUAGGAGUCAUAAUACUGUUAUUGCUAAGUUCUUCAGAAGUCGUCAGGACUGGACUACUUCAAACUUAGGUACAAUGCUCUUUAAAUAUGAAAAAACUCUUGACAGCACUGCCCAAAAUAGAACGUACGUAGUUUUAGUUUGGAAACAUUGGAAGUGGCUUAAAGCACGACAUGUUAGUAAUUUUGGAUCUUCAGAAAAGGAUCCUUUAAAUGACUGCAGUGUAAAUAAUUGUAUUUUUACUGGAGACGAUGACAAGUUAGACACAGCUGACGCAGUAGUCAUUCAUUUGCAGCAUGGGCUUAUACCUCAAGUGAAACAGAGAAACCAGCAACAAAGAUGGAUAUUUCUAAAUGACGAAUCGCCAAAACAUACUUUCUCACUUGCGAAAAAAAAAUUGAAACUAAAAGAUUUCGCAAACGUUUUCAAUUGGUCCAUGACCUACAGGAGUGACGCUGACAUACCAGUACCUUAUGGGCGUACAGUGGCAUUUGAUGAACCUGUGUUUAAAAACAUUGAUUUCGAAGAUAUCACGAAUAUUAUUCCAAAUUGGAAGAAAAAAAGACGCGAUGUCUUGGUCACGGCACUUAUUUCAAACUGUGUUAAGUACAGAAUGGAUUUCAUAACAGAAUUACAGAAGUACAUUCCGGUUGAUAUAUAUGGCAAGUGUUCAAAUAAUGAAACAAAUCGUAAUCGCUGCCCAGGACAUUUCAAAUCGGACUGCGAACCAAUAUCAGAAUAUCUAUUCUAUUUAGUUUUAGAAAAUUCAAACUGUCGCGAAUACUUCUCAGAGAAAAUAUGGUUCCAUGCCUUUUCAAAAGGAGCUAUACCAAUAAUAAUGGGUGUAUCUAGAAGUGAUUGUAAAAACCUGUUGCCACCUAAUUCAUACUUUUAUAUCCCUAUGUCCACCAUUCAAAACGCGACUGAAAUGAAAGCAGUAGCUUCGAACAUCGUUUUCGUGAGUCAAAAUGAAGAAUACCUUCGUACGUUACACUAUUGGAGAAAUAACUUUGCAGCAGUUAAUGAGCACGGGUAUUUCGGUACAAAAUCCUAUCAUUGGUGCCGCGUUUGUGAAGCCUUGAAUUACAAUGACGACACUGAGAAGAUGUACAAUGAAAGACAUCUCAAAUGGUUCUUAGAUCCAAAGUUAUUGUGUGAAUGA